AUUCAAGUUGGCUUCUGCCUCGUUUAACGCCCCUGUUGUCAUCAGUCGUUAAAACUGCGUUGACUGAUAUAAUUAAAGCCUUCUUUUUGCCGAAAACAAAACGCUCGCUCUCUCUCUCACAACCUCGACGUCCCCACAAAAAUCUCGCCUGGAAAUUUUCGCCGGCGGUCGCGCUUCUCGAUCAGGUCCGGCCAACCUGUAUAAUCGCUGCCUCUGCUGUGGAGUGGUUCGGAAGAUUGGAAAAAGAAGCUGGGGUUUAUGAAGCUCAACUUUGUGCUUAAUGUGUUAUUUUUGCGUGUUUGCUUGAUUCUGUAAGUUAAAGAUGAAGAGAUUGAGAUCUAGUGAUGAUCUUAAUUCUAUUGGAGAGAAGAGUGUGUGCAAAGACUCCGAUUCCAAUAGAUCAUCGUCGCAUCGGAGUUAUUACUACAAAUCUGAGAACGGACGGAAGGGAUUGUCGUCUUCGUAUUCAUCUCGGUAUGAUAGGUCCGUGGAUGAAGAGAGAGAGAGUUUGAGGUCAGUACGGAAGCGAUCAGACUAUAACUCAGAGAGUUUUGAUAGGAGGAAGGGGUUUGAUAGGUAUUGGGAGUGUGGGGAGAGAGGAGGGAGUGUGGUGUCAUCGCCACGUAGUGGGUAUAAUGUGGAUCGGAUACACCGGUCUGAGAGCUUCUGUGGUUCGAGGAGGGAGUUCCCAAAGGGGUUUAGAUCAGAGAGGGAUCGGUCGCGGCGAGAAGGGAGUGUCUCUUCAUGGAGGAGGUUUGGCGGAAGCAAAGAUUAUGAUGAUGGUGGUAGGAGCGGUAGUGAUUCGGUUAGGGGGACUAGGGGUGGUUUAGAGGAUAGAGGAAGUGCAAGGUCACCACGGGGAUUGAGAGAAACAAAAUCACCAGCUUUGUCGAAGGACUCGGGUAGUGAGCAGUCAAAGAGUAUUGAAGUGAAGAAGAAUGAAGAAUUGCAGGUUGAGAGCGCUGGCGGCAGUGAAAUGGAAGAAGGGGAGCUGGAACCUGAACCAGAACAUGUAUCUGAACUUGAACCUCAAAAUGAAACCAAAGCUCAUCCUGGUUUGGAUCCUGAUUGUGAAGAGGUUCGGACUCGAGAAGUAGUUGAAGAGAUGGUUCUUGAGGAUCAAGGAAAAUCUUCAUCUGAAGAAGAGAAAAUGCCUGAUAAAGAGAGUGGUUCGGAGUGGAAACAGGAAGUUGGACGGUGGGGAACAGAACAUAGCAAAGAGACUGAUUGUGAGGGAAAGAUGGAAGCUGAACCACAAGAUCCAGCAGAAGAUGUGGUGCAGGAAAUUAAUGAAUUGCCAGAUUGUCAUAAUAAUUUGACUGAUGGAAUGGGAAGCAGUAGGGAUGAGUUUAGAUCUUGCGAUGAAGGUGGUGGAAAAGAUGAAUGCUUCAGGGAUGGUAGCAUCUGCAAGGAAGAUGUGAAGGAGGACAUAACAGUUGAUGAAUCACUGCCUUCAGUGAAGGAAAGUAAGGAAGACAAGGGAAUACACCUUGAAGUUGAUGCAGAGAAUGCGAAUUUGCAAGAACCAGGUAUGGAGGUUGCCCAGGAAAAUGGGGUACCUGGAGUAACCUUGAACCUCAUUAUGGAUGAGUUCACACAGAACUCCAAGGAGAAAGGCAAAAAUGUGGCUUCCGAUAUACAUGAUAUAACAGGGGGUGAAGUAUAUGUAGAAAGAGGAUCAAGCAAUCUUGUAAUUUGCAGUGACAGUGAUAUGGAGGGGCCAAGGAGUAGGGGCUUUGAGUUGUUCUCUGGCCCCAUGGUUAAAAAACAGGAGAGAAUGGACCAAUCAGACAUUAAUAAGCUUAAGGAUGAAAAAUUAAUGCUGGAGCCUCUGGAUCUUUCUCUCAGUUUACCUAAUGUUUUACUGCCCAUUUCUUCCACCAAUUUAAUCCCAGCUCCUGGUUCCCCUAGUCGUGCAAGGAGUGUUCAGUCCUUAAGUAACACUUUUCGCACAAAUUCUGAUGGAUUCACUGCAUCAGUGUCAUUUUCAGGUUCUCAGCCAUUUGCUCACAACCCAAGUUGCUCUCUGACACAGAAUUCACUCGAUAACUAUGAGCAAUCAGUUGGCAGUCGUCCUAUCUUUCAAGGAGUGGAUCAAGUUUCCCAUGGAACUUGGCAAGGACAAUCUUCAAAUGAUCCUAAGCACAAAGAUGUUCCCUUGUAUCAAAAAAAUUUAUUGAAUGAAAGUGGCUCUCUACAUCAAUUGCACAUGUCGCAAGUUAUUUUAAAUGGUGAAGUUGUGCAAGACCAACAUUUGAGAGUUUCAGAGAGAAGCACUAAAACCCCCAUAGGAUUGGAUCGGCAGUUGAGUUUUCAUAAACAGCUGUCAGGAGCACAGACAAGGCAUUUCAGUGAUGUUAGAUCACCUUCACAGAGUGUUGGUUCCCGCGAAACUGUUUCAGAAUAUAGUAAAGACAAGAGGCAGUUAAUGAGAGAUAAAAAUGGUAGUAUUUUAUAUAGGACUAGUAGCCAGAAUGAAAAUGAACAAGUGGGGAUAGGUGGAGCUGAUUUUGUUCAGACGAUGAUUGCGAUGAUAAUUUCUGAACCAUUCUAUGUUGUGGCUAGGAGGUUUCAGGAAAUGGCCGAGCGAUCCAUUGCAUGUCUGAAGGGGGGCAUUUUUGAGAUUAUGGUGAAUGCAGCUAAACAUGGGCAACCUUGUCCAUUUCAGAAAGCACUGCAGAAAGGGUCUGAUGUUACCUUGGAGAUGCUACUAAAGUGCCAUAGGGCUCAAUUGGAGAUCAUGGUGGCUAUGAGAACUGGUAUACAUGAUUUUCUUCAACAAAGUAAUAGUAUUUCUGCAUCUGAUUUGGCUGAGAUCUAUCUGAACUCAAGAUGCAGAAAUCUUGGCUGUCGGCAGCUUCUGCCUGUGGAAGAAUGUGAUUGCAAGGUUUGUUCACAGAAGAAUGGUUUCUGUAGUUCCUGCAUGUGUCUUAUGUGUUCAAAGUUUGACAAUGCAUCUAAUACCUGUGGUUGGGUUGGGUGUGAUGUUUGCCUUCAUUGGUGCCAUACGGAUUGUGGAUUACGAGAAAAUCUGAUUAGAAAUGGACGUAGUUCGACAGGGGCUCAUGGGAUUGCUGAAAUGCAGUUCCAUUGUGUUGCAUGUGGCCAUCCUUCAGAGAUGUAUGGUUUUGUGAAGGCGGUUUUUCAAAAUUUUGCAAAAAUGUGGCAAGCAGAAACUCUUUCCAAAGAGCUCGAGUAUGUUAGAAGAAUAUUUCGUGCCAGCAAGGAUGUGAAAGGGAAACAACUGCGUGAUAUUGCUGAUCAGAUGUUGGAAAAAUUAGCUAAGGGGUCUGACCUUCCAGAGGUUUAUAAUCCUAUUUUGCAUUUCCUUACUGAAAAUUGUUCUUCUGAGUUGGGCAAUUCUCCCAUUCUAUCUGGAAAGGAACAAGGUGAAGGAAGCAACAGGAUUACUGGAUGGGGACAGGAGACUAUAGGGCCUGAUUCUGUCUAUUCAGAAAAGGCUUCUCAGUUGGAAAGAGUAGCCAGAAUUCCACAGUUUGAUUGUGACAGGAAUGAUAAGCAGAGUGUGAAUCCAGAGUUACAGAAUGGUUCUCUAAAGGAACCCGUUUUUGAUGAAUUGGAAAGCAUUGUCAGAAUUAAACAAGCAGAGGCUAAAAUGUUUCAAGCUCGUUCUGAUGAUGCAAGAAGGGAAGCUGAAGGUCUAAAAUGCAUUUCUAUCGCAAAGAAUGAAAAAAUUGAAGAAGAGUUUACAAGUCGAAUAAAAAAACUGCGUUUGGUUGAGGCUGAGGAAAUGCGUAGACAAAAACUUGAACAACUCCAGACUCUUGAAAGAGCUCAUCGGGAGUACUCCAAUAUGAAGAUGAGGAUGGAAGCGGAUAUUAAAGAUCUGCUGUUGAAAAUGGAAGCUACAAAACAGAACCUUUCCCUUUGAUCAACUGACAGUUCUUUUUGGAACCGUCACCAUCCCAGGUAAUUUUUCCAUUUCAGCGAUGAGAAUUUUAUGCUGUGUUGUAACUUUAGGAUUUCCAUUUGCCUUUUGUCUUUGAUUUCUAGGUGUAUCUUCCAAUUUAGUGUUGUCCUUUUCGCACUGCUAACUAGAAUUUGUACAGAAAAUACUCCCUCUAUGUUACAAAUGGUUCCAGUGAAUAUAUGGAAGCGAUCUAAUACAGAAGUAAUAGAUUCAGUUUUUAUUA